AUGGUUGAAAAUUUAUGUUAUAUAUGCCUAACAGUUACAAUUAUAAUAGUAACAUUAUUUGUUUACAUAACAUCAGAAAAAAAAAAAAAGAAAAAGAAACAAUUAAUAUUAGAUAAAAAGUUUUAUUUAAACAAGAAAUAUAAUAUAGAUUUAGAUAAAAUUAUUAAAAAAAUGAAAAAUAAGAAUGUUAUUAAUAUUGAUGAUAUAAAUGAUGAUGAAUUAUUAGCAAUACUAUUCACAUCUAAAAAAUUUGAAACCAUAUUAAAAAAUAAUGAAGAUUGUAAAUAUUUAGAUGAUAAAGUCUUCUGUAGUGUAUUUUUAGAACCAAGCACAAGAACUAGAUGUUCCUUUGAUUCUGCAAUUUUAAAACUUGGAUCGAAAGUAAUAAAUAUCACUGACAUGAAUUCUACAUCCUUUUAUAAAGGAGAAACUGUUCAAGAUGCAUUCACUAUUUUAUCAAAAUAUGUUGAUGGUAUUAUAUAUAGAGACUCAUCAAAUGAUAAUGUAGAUAUUGCUAUUAAGUCAUCAAGUAAACCAAUAAUUAAUGCAGGAAAUGGCACAGGAGAACAUCCAACGCAAUCUCUUUUAGACUUUUACACGAUUUAUAAUUUUUUCCCACAUAUUUUAGAAAAAGAUAAAAACAAGAAAAUUAAUAUUGCAUUUGUUGGUGAUUUAAAAAAUGGAAGAACUGUACAUUCACUUAGUAAAUUACUUAGUAGAUAUAAUGUUAAUUUCAAUUUUAUAUCAUGUAAAUCUUUAGAGGCUCCAGAUAAUCUAAUAAAGACUAUAACUAACAAUUUAAAAAUAAAUGGAUUUUAUAAUGAAAAUUCUAUAAAAAAAUUCGAUAAUUUGGAAAAAGGGUUAAAAGAUGCACACAUAAUUUAUAUGACAAGAAUACAAAAAGAAAGAUUUUCAGACAUAAAUGAAUAUAAUAAUUAUAAAGACGCUUUUAUUUUAGAUAACAAAACACUAAAAAAUACAAGAAAGGACGCUAAAAUCCUCCAUCCACUUCCAAGAGUUAACGAAAUAAAAGUAGAGGUAGAUAAUAAUCCCAAAAGUGUUUAUUUUUUGCAGGCAGAAAAUGGUCUAUAUGUGAGAAUGGCUUUGUUAUAUCUUAUUUUUUCAUAA